UGCUGCUCGGUACUGACAUCAAUCCACGUUCCAGGCUUGUAGUCUCUCGUUUGGUGCCUUCGUUUGGCACGUUACCCCUCUGUUUAACACAGUAGGCUCGUUUGUCUGGAACCGGAAAAGUAAGAUCAGUCUAGUGAGUUCGAUCUGGGGCAUCCAAUAUUAAAGUCGAUCUAGGACUGCCCUGCGCGAGUGGCCAAGGUCGAUAUUUGUCACUCGCCCGUGUGUGUUCACCACCUAAGUACUGCUACAGAGACGACGCCAGGUAUAUUAUAAGACAAAUCCCUGUGAAUGGGAGGGUAAAGCGUUGGAAUUCACUGUGCAGUGUAGCUUGAGGGCACACAACCCCUGGGGCAAGUUCCAAGGUUCCGUCAAGCAUCCCCCCCCUAACUGCAGCAAGCACAAGGAUCUUCACCACAACAAUACCACCUUGACGAUUGUAUUUACACGGACUGUGUAUGGUAUACACGUAAUAAUUCAAGAACAAGUAUCAAGAGCGAUUAUUUAGAUGUGUCUUUUCAUCUCUAACCCUCAAAACAUCAAGAUUUACCCAAAGUGUUGUGAUCACUCACACCAUCUUCUGUAUCAAUUUGGAAUUAGAUGUCACUUUAACAGCCAUCACCACCACCACCUUGAUAUCUACUAGCUGCAGAAUACCUUGGAUUAUUCAUACACAUUUCUUAUUCUUUUUCGAUUGUUGUUGCAAUUUUUUUUUAUUUAUCUUAAAUUCUUGUCAAGCUCACGCAUAUGCAAUUGGAUUAAGCAGAAUCGGCAAUAUAAGGAACUAUUUGAGCUGGAGUAUAUUCAAGCAUGGCAAAAUUAUACGACUUUCAAUGGCAGAUAAACGUGCCGGAUCAUCUGAGGAAUGGUGCAUAUUUUGAUCGCUGGGAUGAGGAUACAUGUUCGGUGGAAGCGCAGUGUCUCUACCAAGUCGACGAGCAGAGCUUCUUUAUUAGGUGGAAAAGUGAAGCAAGAGAUGGUCAAGUUUUGGAACUGUCACAGGUCAGCGAUGUUCGCAAAGGGAUUGCGAAUAAGGUAAAA